CGCGGAACGGGCUUUGAGGACCUGCAGGGGAGAUGGCCCUCCCCGGGGGGGGCGGGGCCAGUUGCGGGCGUCACGGGGCAGCUCCGCCCCUCCCGCCGAGACGCGGGCGCUGGUGGCGCCAUCUUUCCCGGCUACGGGAGGGGUCACAGGUCAGUGCCGAUCUUCGCUGCGAGUGAGGAGGGCGAGGUGCCUUUUCCUCGGGGCAGCCCAGGAUUCUCCAAGAGGACAAUGGAUUCUGGAACUCGCCCAGUUGGUAGCUGUAGCAGCCCUGCAGGGCUGUCACGGGAAUACAAACUAGUGAUGCUGGGUGCUGGCGGUGUAGGGAAAAGCGCCAUGACCAUGCAGUUCAUCAGCCACCGGUUUCCAGAAGAUCAUGAUCCCACCAUUGAAGAUGCUUAUAAAAUCCGGAUCCGUAUUGAUGAUGAGCCUGCCAAUCUGGACAUUUUGGAUACGGCUGGACAGGCAGAGUUUACAGCCAUGCGGGAUCAGUAUAUGAGGGCAGGAGAAGGGUUUAUCAUCUGUUAUUCUAUCACCGAUCGUCGAAGUUUUCAUGAAGUUCGGGAGUUUAAACAGCUUAUUUAUCGAGUUCGACGUACUGAUGAUACCCCUGUGGUUCUUGUGGGAAAUAAGUCUGACCUAAAGCAGCUAAGACAGGUCACCAAGGAAGAAGGAUUGGCUUUGGCCCGAGAAUUCAGCUGCCCCUUUUUUGAGACAUCUGCUGCAUACCGCUACUACAUUGACGAUGUAUUCCAUGCCCUUGUACGGGAGAUACGUAGGAAAGAAAAGGAGGCAGUACUGGCCAUGGAGAAAAAAUCUAAACCCAAAAACAGUGUAUGGAAGAGGCUAAAAUCACCGUUCCGGAAGAAGAAAGAUUCAGUAACUUGAAGGGAAGAUGUGAAAUGUUUAUCUGUGAACUGCAGUGCUUAAUCAGAGCAGUCCAGUAACCUGCAUUAGUGAGCAUGGUGCUUGUAAUUUCUCCUGUUAUGACCGUUAUUUUAAAAAUAACUGAUGAAGGGGACAUGCCCACUAGGAGUUUUCAAUGACGUGGUAUUUAAAAUAUUGUUUGUUAGCUAAUUCUGGUUUUAUUAACCCAGUGGAGCACUGUCUACUUUUAAAUUGUCACAUUAGAAUUUGAUUUACCAAUGUUUUGGGUUCUGUUGCUGAUAUUAAUUGAUGUAAAUUUUUUAUACCCGGGGGAAUACGCAUACCAUACGUGUUUGACUAAGCUCACAAAAGGAAUUUUUUGCCAUGCACUAUUCUGCAUUCUCUUUCAACUGCAAUUUCCUGGGACUGUCCCAGGGAAGGACUUCAGUCUUUUCUGUUCAUGCUGUGCUUCCUGGAGACAGAACAAAAAUCAUCGGGAAAUCAGUUCUAAAGAGAUUGGUGCUAAAGUUCAGCAAAUAGCUGUGGAACUGACUCCUGUUGCAGAUUAUGGAGUGAUGAGAUUGGGGAAAUCAGGCUGUAUGUUUUUGCAGGAGCUUGGCUAGAAAAAGUUAGGAUCAGAACAGUGCUCCUCAGAGGAGCCUGUCUUUCCUAAGAAGUACACAUUUGACCUAAAUGCACUGGGAUGGAUGAGAGCAAACAGAAACAUAUAAAAUGUAAUGAAGCUUUCUCCUACAGGGUUAUUUUACUCUUCCUUUCAGGGUUUUGCCCUUUACCGUCAAAGGUAAACAUUUUGGGAACCAUUACUGGGUUACUAAACUGUUGUUUAAUCUAAAUCCUUGGUUGGGACAGCCAUUGCCUUGUACAGGUUUAUUUUUUCCCCAGAGAUGCACACACCAAUACAUUUACAUUAAUUGCUUCCUAGUGCUUUCCCUUAGCUUCCCUGUGCUCUCUAGAAGAGCUAGGCCUGGCAGAAUGUUUUUUAGGCCCUUCGUCAGACUGACUGCAUUUUCCAUACAGAAGAGACAUCAGGAGUUAGUAAAAUUGUAUUUGUGCCUCCUUGACAUAGACAAUCACUAGACCCAGUGUUCUAAGAAAGCCUGUGGCAUUUCUGUGUAAUGAGCCAGUCUUGAAGCUUUAAAAUUCCCAUAUGUUGAGUUUCUCAUUGAAGAUUUCUUUACAAGGACCUUGCUAAGUUCACCUCAGGGUUUUGCCUGAGCCUUGACAAAGCUUAGCCUAAGACAGUACCACUUUGAUAACUGCGUAGUUGAGAAACUAUCCUAUCUUCUUGGGAAGAAUCAGCUUUAAAUAUUGGUGGUGAGUUCUUUCUUUUAGAAUCAGGAUUAUUUUGAUACCUGAACUUGUUAUGUGUGGAGAUUAAGCACAAAAGUGCUAAGAGUAAUGUAGCAUAUGUUGAACAGUAAAUGUCACUGAAGCAGUGUUUGUGACCACUUUAAACUCUAAGAUCAUGACUUUGUGUAGCACCUCUUAAAAAGUGCACAGCUCAAUUCACUGUUUUCCGUUUUUAUUACAGUCAGGACAGGGUUGUUGUAUUUUUCCUUCCAAUCAAUGGUAUGUGUUCUAGGUUUAAAGGAAAGUGAUGGUUGUAACUUUUUUAGCUGAGUAGUGAUCCCUUUUGAAACUCCUGAAAUGUUUUUGCUACCAAAUAAAUCAUGGUUUAUGGUACUCAAGCCAUCCAAAACUGAAAGAUGCAGAAUUUGAAUCUAUGCAGGACAAAGGUCUUACAGGAACCAUAGCACUUUGGAGAAGUGUGAAGUUAGAAAAGAAGUACAGUGCAAUUCUAUUUUAACAGUAUUUCACCACAUUUAAACUAGCUUAGAGCCUGUUAGGUUUAAUGCCUUAGCUUCUCAUUACUAAUAACCUAGGGAAUUGUUAUUAGCAUCAAGCAAGAAGUUGACAGUUAUGUAAUUAUAUCUAUAAGACAGGAGGGAGUUUGUACUGUAUAUAAGAAAAAUAACAAGUGGGUGUUUUUAAGACUAUCACUGUCAUAUAUUUGAUCAUUGGAUUACUUAGCCCAUCAGUUAGUAUUGAGAAUUCUAUUCAUGGUGCUAAAUAGUUUGAGGGGUAUAAUAUGUGUAAGUCAUAGCUCUAUUCUUAGUGAUUGUAUAGUGUAAAUAAUUUAUAAGCUCUAAAUAGUCAGCUUUAUCUAAUUUGAGGGCAUUAAAAUCAAUUACUGCCUGGAACUUUGAGGAGAGAAAAAUUCAGGGACAAGUUGAAAAGCACUGGAACUGUUCAUGUCCAUACCAGAUUGGUAAGUUACAAAAUUUGGAAGCUGGUGUCUAGAAUUAACUGUUUAGAAUUCCAAAAGAGAUACAUGUUUUAACUUUGUGAUAUAUUAGCAAGAAUUGGUCUACUGUAAUGUUUGGGGAGGAGAGGGGAGAGAAAAGUUUUUCACUUAUGCACUUGUAUAUGAUGACAGUUUGUAUGACACAAUACAAAACUUUUAAACAA